AUGGACUCAGCUCUUGAAGACGAGUGUCAAGCAAUAAACGCAAUCUACUCCGAAUCUACCCUGGUAGUCCUAUCCCAAGAUCCAACAAUCUGCUCUCUAGAACUACCAGGAGAAGUCAGCAUAUCACUUCGACUAGAAUUCCCACCAGAUUAUCCAGAUGCACCUCCUUCAAUCCUGGGCACCCAAUCGGUGGGUGAGAAUGUUGCANAAGGCGAAGGUGCCCAUGCCGUCGACAUUGCACGUGAGGUGCUUGCAGAAGUCUAUCAGCCAGGCUCACCAUGCAUAUUCGAUGUCAUGGAAGAAGUCAAUCAGAGACUUCAGCAGUACAACCAAGACACCAGCCAAGAUCAAGGGCAUCAAGAGCAACAAGAUGCUCAAAGGAGAGGUCAGCAACAAGCCUCUGUCCUCGACGAACCCCACUCUCCAGACCCUGACGAAAUGCAGUCUUUAGACUUGCUCCACAAGGAACCGCCAUGGAUCAUUUCCGACGUCAUCACAGAAAAGAAAUCUGUGUUUGUCGCCAGAGCGGCUGCGGUAUCUUCGCCAGCAGAGGCAAAGUCAUAUCUGGCACACUUGCUUGCUACGGAUAAGAAAGUCGCAAAAGCUACACAUAAUAUUACGGCAUGGCGCAUUCAUGGUCCUAAUGAGACUGCAUUUCAAGAUUGCGAUGAUGAUGGAGAGACGGCUGCGGGUGGGAGGUUGUUGCAUCUGAUGCAACUGAUCGAUAUCUGGGAUGUCAUGGUUGUGGUUACGCGAUGGUAUGGUGGUGUACAUCUGGGUCCUGAUCGCUUCAGGUUGAUUAACUCUGCAGCGAGAGACGCGUUUGUAAAAGGCGGCUAUGCUAAAGAUCCGAGCAAGCCUGAAGCCGGCAAUAAAAAGAAAGGCAAAAAUAAAGAUAUCGGUCAGACACUCUACACCUGGACGUAUGGGAAACACCCAUGA